AUGACCACUUCUUGGAUGAGUCUCGGAUUGCUAACCAAAGCAAUAUUAUCUCUACCAGUCGAGGUAUGUGUCACUUGUUAUACUUCUAAGGGAUACCUGCAUAGCUUACUGUUACUUGGCUAAUGUUCUUUAACAUCAAAGUCAAAGUUCUUUAACAUCUUAUUCAUACAUUAAAAACAUGUUGCAGUACUUUAAUAGCUAUUCUGUAGACGGAAAGCUUUUGUGAGCAAGUUUAUUUGUACUUAAGUUACAUAAUUCUUUCAGAGUUAUUCACUAAAGAGAGAAUUGUAGGGAAUUUAAAAUUAAAUUAGAACAGGAAGUUUUACUCCAACCAUGAUGACCACUAGUGAUUUGAAGUUGUGAUAGUGAUAGCAAUAUAUGUGUACAGUGUUUUCAGCAUUGGCAAUUGUGUGCUGGUGGCAAGUUGCCCCACCGGCACACGUAUCUUAGGUAGCCCAGAGCUCUGUUCCAGGCUGCCUAAUGUCAAUUCUGUGGAUAAAAAAGAAUUUAUGCUUGAUUUCUGCCUUAUAUUUCCACUAAGGCUUUCAAUAAGCCUUCCCACUUACCCGUAUUGUUUUUUAUUUCCUUCUAAAAUUGCACUACCCUGUCCCUUCCCUUGCCCAGAGUGUACACAUGCGCUGAGAAAGUGAAACAGUCCAUUCACAAGCUUUUCCGAUUGGACCGCAAAGGCCCCAUGUGACGUCAGAUGAGGAGAGGUCAGUCCCUAGGACUUCACCAGGCACUGGAUGUCAGGAAAGUGUUAAAACUUUUUCUGCAGCAUUUUACUAUGGGGAAUCUAAUAUUAAUGCCCAAUAGAGUCCUUUAACUUAAUUAAAAAAAAGAUUUAUCGAUGAAGGGUUGCAGUAACCUUUUAAGGCUAGCUAAACUAAAAGCAUACCUGGAUUGGAGAUUUUUUUUUUUACAACUUGGCUAAUUUGGCCUUAAAUUUGAAAUUCACUGUGAAUUCCUGAAAACUCUCACUUUGGUAAAUAACCCUGUGUUUGUGCAUGUACUGUGACUGUUCAUUGUUGCAGCAGGAUAUUUCAGAUCUUUUGAUGGGGGGAUGACAACAGGAACAAAAAUAGUAAAUUAUAGGCAAAAUUAGAUGGGUCAAAGUGGGCUUAGUACAAUCUGGAUAUAAUGUCCAGCCUCUACUAAUCAAAUGAGUGGAGCGCUAAAGGUAUAAACUUACCCUAAAAUAGGGUUAAAGAGACACUAUAGUCACCUGAACAACUUUAGCUUAAUGAAGCAGUUUUGGUGUAUAGAACAUGCCCCUGCAGCCUCACUGCUCAAUCCUCAAGCCAUUUAGGAGUUAAAUCCCUUUGUUUAUGAACCCUAGUCACACCUCCCUGCAUGUGACUUGCACAGCCUUCCAUAAACACUUCCUGUAAAGAGAGCCCUAUUUAGGCUUUCUUUAUUGCAAGUUCUGUUUAAUUAAGAUUUUCUUAUCCCCUGCUAUGUUAAUAGCUUGCUAGACCCUGCAAGAGCCUCCUGUAUGUGAUUAAAGUUCAAUUUAGAGAUUGAGAUACAAUUAUUUAAGGUAAAUUACAUCUGUUUGAAAGUGAAACCAGUUUUUUUUCAUGCAGGCUCUGUCAAUCAUAGCCAGGGGAGGUGUGGCUAGGGCUGCAUAAACAGAAACAAAGUGAUUUAACUCCUAAAUGACAGUGAAUUGAGCAGUGAAAUUGCAGGGGAAUGAUCUAUACACUAAAACUGCUUUAUUUAGCUAAAGUAAUUUAGGUGACUAUAGUGUUUCUUUAAAUCUCAGAUGUAUCUCAGUACAUAUAAAGGAAACAAUAAAAUAAAGCACAAUAUAGUGUAAAUCCACAGGUGAUAAUGUAUUGUGUUUUAUUUUUUUGGUUCCUUUAUAUGUACCGAUAUACAUCUGAGAUUUAACCAUAUUUUAGGGUAAGUUUAUACCUUUAGCGCUCCACUAAUUUGAUUAGUAGAGUCUGGACAUAAAAUAUCCAGAUUGUACUAAGCUCACUUUGGUUCAUUACUAUAAUUAGUGGGGAUAAGAGAGUAUGCACUAGAGUGUGUAGCUGCUUAUUUUUAACUCAAUUACAUUUGUAAGCGCACUAUACACAGUAAUCACCAAUCUGUGUGUUUUGCUAAAAUUAGAUGGGUGUGUGUGUAUCGUAAAUGUAUUGAGGGCAAUAAAUAAAUUCAAUUUUCCACCUCCCACUGUGUCCUCAAAUGUUUACAGAGUAUUGGCAUGAAUUAAUUUGCUUAUGGUGACAGUACAGCUCCUGGUACACUGCUGUAAUAAGUACAGCAUUGUAACACGAGUUAGGUUUAGGGCUGACAAUCAUGGGAGUUGCAAUUCACAGCAUCUUGAAGGCAGGUACACUCUAACCCUGAAUCCCCCUAACCCUAUCUACGAGGUAAGACUAAGAAAUUCAUACCUUAUGUUAUUAGUGUUAAAUAGGGACAACAUUUACGUUUUAUUCCACGGACGGAGUGAACGCUGGUUCUUUGGGUUUAACAUCUGCUCAGUCUCCUUUUAUUGACAGUGAGGAAAGCGCAGCUCUUUUUUACGGGACUUUCCUUUAUCAUGGCGGCCGCCAGCUUCUGCCUCUGCCUCAUUUUUCUGUUUUGCUGGAGACCCCCACGACAGAUUCCAGGCACCCGGGAGCCACCACGACCUGGCAGCCUCCUCUUAGCUGUGCUUCUUCCUACAGGUAACACAGAACUCAGAAAUGGUAUAUUCACUAAAGGCCUGAUCAGCUGACAACUAGUUUGUAAAAUGUAGACCAAACUAGCAGACUCAGUGAAGUAGUUAUGGUGGCACUAGUGUCUGGGUGCUGUCAUAUCUUUAGGGGUUAAACCAUUUUCAAACAGCUUAACCUUGAAGUUGGUCUCUCUGUGCCAGACAGCUCUGCCCCUUUCUUUGCUUUGGAGGUAAGCCAGCACCCAACCACUCCUGCCAUCAUUAACAACUUAAUCCCAAUUAAGUUGUUAUGGUGUGGGAGAGUUGCAAAUAUUUUCCUGUGCAGUCUAGUAUACAUUUUGGACGUGGGAUGUCCAAUUUCCAAAAAAUUCACUAAUGCAUUAACUAACCCAUUAGCCAUCUGAAAAUGGCACCUGAAGGGUCAAUCUGUGCUGAAAUAUGACGUUAGAGAGGCUGGGAAGAAAAUUCUUCUGCUAAUGAUAAAAUCAACCACACGUGUAAGAAAUUAUUUUGCUGUAGCAGCAGGGAAAGAUGCUAUGAUACUAUAUUUUACUAUGUAUGACAUAUUUCGCAUCAAAUCUUAACAUUUUUUUAAUGAAAUAUACAGUAGAUCUUAAUGCAUUAACCCAAUGUGUAAGUAGGAUUUGUAAAUAAAUCUGGUCUCCCUUCUAUUCUAAGAAAACCCAUUGAAAUGUUAUCCUUCUUUUUUAUUAUCGAUACAUUCUUUUGUUCUGUUUUGUUAUGACCAUACAGAGGAGCUAUUUACACAGUACAACUCCAAGGCAAAGAUCUAGGGGUGAAGCAGUCACUGUGGAAACCAGUAGAAUGUUUCUGCUGCUCCUAAUUUAGAACUUUGCCCGGCAAACCGAGAUUUCAAAGUGAAUUCAUGGCCAUUAUAGCUAAAAUGGAAAAAUUCUCUAAGUCAUCUACGCUUUCAAUUUUCCUUCUUUGGCCUUAAAUCUGAAAUUCAUUUAGAAUUCUCACUUUAGUGGAUAACCCUGAACGAGUUGUGAAAUGCACGGUCAUACAAACACUAAGGAACGCAUUUCGCUCUCUGAAUCCAAGUGGCAAAUGUCUGGUUAAAACAGCCAAACUGUAACUUUGGCCGGUUUAACUUUAAAUUUGAUGUUCAGAUUUCAAUUUGAAAUGUAGUGUAUAAAUCCAUAAACCCACUGGGCACAGACUGACCUUUUUUUUUCAUCCAGGAAUGUUCUUUUUGCUGGGCUGGACAAUCUUCACCUGGCAACAUUGGAAUAA